AUGGAAUUCGGAACCCUCCGAGCUGCGGUACUGCUUCGUGGACAGGAUUAUCGCCAAUGGAUUGAUGAUACUGACUAUGCUUCACCUAGCCCUAGCGGGAGGUUCUGCCCUAGACUAAGCCUCCUCAGAAUUAAUGACCUGGCAAAUUUGGGAUAUGGCAUAUUUCAUCUUGAAGGCGAAGAAUUCGACAAAGCUCGCAUUACUGCAGAUAUCGCAGAGACUUUCACUUCCUCCCAAUUCAAGAGAAUCCGCGCAGGAAAUAUUCCAAGUACUCCAGGUCUUCCAGGAGUUUACAACACAGUCACCACAUACUCUUGUGCUGGCGUCCUCAUACUUGACGUGGUCUCAAGGGCUAAUGGUCCGCAUGCAUCGGAGAUUGCACUUGCUAUGUACAACUUUCAUUUCCAAAAGACAGCUUUGAAAUUGGUUUAUGUCACAAAUGUGGUUCAGGAGGAAACUAUCAAAGUUGUUAGAAACGCGAUCUAUGCCGCACAAGAUAUUCUUUUUGGGUAUGACAAGGAAAAGCGUGGCUGGGGUCAUGGAACAGAGCAAUAUGAUCUUUUACUCGGAACACCGAUCGGUGCUGUGGUGGGAGCGAUAGUCCUUGGUCAAUUUGGACGUGGAACUCACUAUAUCAGUAAAAUCUGGACGUGGACCACUGAUCUCGACACGGAGCAUUUAGAUAUGCGAUUUGAUAUCGAAAAAAUUGAUGCCCCUGAAAAUACCCAUCUGUCCAAGUCUUCUGUUGGCUCUCCUCUGUCAACUCCUGCUGAUUCUGAACCUCCUAGCGAGUAUGAGGAGAGCAGUUCUGCUCAGAAUAACAGUACUUCCAUCUCUUCGAUUGGUCCCCAGCAUUCCACUCAGCGUGUCACUCGAUCGCAAAGUCGUCGCUUGAGAGAACUAGAGAGGCAGAAGAAGCAGAACAAGCAAGCAUGA